AUGCAACUCAUCGAAUUCAUUGCUCAUCAUCAAUUACAAAGGGUACUAAUACACGAGACAAAAGUCGUAAUUGAAGAGGCUCAAACACAAUCUGCCAUAAUACCAAUUGAAAGCAGUCAACAACAUGGUCAUAGUCAUGGUUUAUCAUUAUUACAAGAUAGUCACAAUCAUCGUGUCACUACUUAUUUACUUGAGUUUGGUAUUGCUGCACAUUCGGUUCUCAUUGGUGUGGCAUUGGGUACUGAUGAUGGUUCACAUUUUAUAGUUCUCUUUAUCACACUUUGUUUUCAUCAAUUUUUCGAAGCUAUUGCACUUGGUGCACAAAUUUCACAACUCAAUAAUAAAUCGAUAUUACCAGCUAUUUUCAUGGUGUCAUUUUUUGCUCUCACUACUCCAGUUGGUAUUGCUAUCGGUAUUGGCGUUCAUUUGAAUACAUACAAUCCAAAAUCAUUAGUUGCAUUGGUGACGACUGGUGUUCUGGAUUCAGUUUCGAGUGGUAUUUUGAUCUAUGUUGCUUUGGUCAAUUUGAUGGCCGGUGAAAUGGGUGUUGGAGCACAUGGAUUUUUCCAAUUGAGAAAACGUGUGAAAUGUUUAUAUUUUAUUGCUCUGUAUAUUGGUGCAGCACUUAUGGCUAUUCUUGGACGAUGGGCAUAG